CAAUGCAAAUUUUAAUUAAAUGUCGGAAAUUUUAUUAAAAAUUAAUAAUAAGGUUGGCUUUUUAGACACAAAAUAAAAAAACAAUUUAAAAAGACAGGCAUAAGCAUUCAUUGAAAUCAUUACAAUUUAGUAUUUAAUAAUUAUAAUAAAUAUUAUAUAGUGUUACUGUAAACAUGAAUCGUGAUGUAACUGUCUCUCAGUUUGACUCUAACUGCUAUGACUCGUCGUUCCAAAAAAACAAACAUUUUCUUAACACCCUGGUAAACCGGUACAUUAGUCACAUUUCUAAACUAAUGGUACUUAGUUUAUCCGUGUUGAAUAUUGACUCAUAGCUCUUGCAUAAUAUAUUGAUUUUAUACUAUUCAUGUUUAUUAUUUUGAAUAAUUAUAAAAAUUAACGUUAUUAAUUAUUAUAAUAUUAAUAACAGUAGUUAUAAAAGUCUAUUAAAUCCUAAGUUCUUAUCUAUAUUUUAUUUUUGUGCUUUUAUCACUUGAAAACAUUAAAAUACUUACAUUAUAAAGUUGUUUUGAAAAAUGAAAAAUGUAUACCUAAAUAAGUAAAACGACAAAAAUAAACCAAACAACUAUACAAAUGGUCAAACUGGACUACCGUCAACUACUUAAAAUUAAAAACAAUAACAGUUACAAUAUCUUGAAACGUUUUUAACAAACAAUAACGAAUAUAAUGUAUGCGGCCGACCUAUGCGAAUGCACUUAUGCGUUCUAGUUGAAUGCAAUUGUGCAAGUGAGUACUGGCAAAAUAAUUAUCGUCAAAAGAAUUUCGUAGAUGCCGCCGACCACUUGUGGCGACUUAGGUGUACGAGUAACACGUUUUCAGGUCGUAAUCAUGAUAAGUCCAACGCAGAUUCUGAUCAUUUGUCUAUCAUUGAAGCUCGCCUUGGACGUUUACGAGUACAGCAAAUACCAAAAUGGAUAUACAAAUAUAAAAACAACUGUGGCGGCGAUGUCAGUAGCGUUUACUUUGUAUUGCGGUUAUUAUUUGUUAAUCAGACCAGUGAACAUACGAAGGACGCUGGCACACUUGGGCUAUGAUGGUUUAUCACAAAACCAGUGGGCAUCAAAUGAGAGAAUGAACAUGAUCAAACAAGCGAUGAAGCUUAAGAAAAAAGGACAAAUGCCACCUGUUUUCCCGAAUGGAUGGAUUUCGCUCAUCGAGUCUGAUCAAGUAAAAUUAGAACAAGUCCAAUAUGUAUCGGCUCUAGGAGAACAUUUUGCGGUGUUCCGAUCAAAAAAUGGCAUUAUCAAUAUUCUAGAUGCCUACUGUCCUCAUUUGGGAUCUAAUAUGGCAUUUGGAGGCUCAGUUAUAGGAAAUAGUCUACAAUGCCCAUUUCAUGGCUGGACAUUUUCGGGUAAUAACGGGAAGUGUGUAAAGAUUGCAAACAGUUGUUCAAGUGUUAUCCCUAGAGUAUCAGUUAAAAAAUGGAUAUCAUGUGAAGAAAACGGUUUUAUAUUUGUUUGGUAUCAUGCAGAAAAAGAACCGCCUCAUUGGUAUCCACCUAAAUUAAUUAAUAAGAAUCUGCUGUACCGAGGUAGAAGUGAACAUUACACCAAUAGUCACGUACAAGAAAUAGAAGAAAAUGGUGCAGAUCUUUCACAUUUUUCAUUGCUACAUAAAGAUGCGGGUGUCGGAGGACUAUAUAUGUCUCAAGUUUUAAAGUCUAUUUGGAAUUAUGUCGGCCAUCAUGAAUGGAAGAGUUCAUGGAAAGUUAGUCAAAAUGAAAUUCAUAAAACAGAGCUGGAAAUUGAACAUACAUUUGAAUUAUUCAAUAGAUUUCGAGUGGGUGAAAUAAUAGCAAAAGCUAAUCAAAUUGGACCUGGAUUAGUAAUUUUAAACAUGAAAUUUUCGAUUGGAACUAUAUCAAUAAUACAAGUGAUUACACCUGUAGAACCUCUUAUUCAAAAAAUUGUGCAGCACGUCUACUGUCCUUGGCAAUUAUCACUUUUUGCUCCACUCGUUCUGAAAAUGGAAACAAUUAUGCUGGAGAGAGAUAUAGUAAUAUGGAAUCACAAGACUUAUGUGGAAAAACCUUUGUGUACAAAAGAAGAAUUAACACUUUUAUCUUACCGUCAAUGGUUCAAACAAUUUUACAGUGAAAACAGUCCAAAAUUUAGUUUUAAGAAAGAAACAAUGGAAUGGUAAAUAAUUGUGUAAAUCUAAUUAAAUACAAAAUUAAAUAAUUUGUAUUUUUUUAUUUCAAACCAGCAAAUUAAGUAUUAAAUAUAACAUAAUUUAUUAAUGACAUCAUUAAAAUAAUACUAACUGAACAAAUAC